CAUGCUGCUAAGGUCCAGCCCCAGCAGGUUCCUGGCACACCAUCUCCUCUUUGUGGAGGACUCAGAGCAGCAGCACCCAGCUUGGAAAUCCCUCCCCAACCCAUUAAUGCCUGAGGAACAUCCCGUCCCAGCCCACCCAACCACCUCCAACCUCAGCAACGGGACGGACUGCGGGGAGGAGAUCCUGCUCUAUGGGGACACGGAGAAGAUUGUCAUUGGAGCAGUGCUCUCCAUCAUCAUCCUCAUGACCAUUGCUGGCAACGGGCUGGUCAUCAUCUCCGUGUGCAUUGUCAAGAAGCUCCGACAGCCUUCCAACUACCUGGUGGUGUCCCUGGCAGCUGCUGACCUCUCGGUGGCCUUGGCUGUCAUGCCCUUCGUGACCAUCACGGACCUGCUGGGGGGAGAGUGGCUCUUUGGGAAGGUUUUUUGCAACGUGUUUAUUGCCAUGGAUGUUAUGUGCUGCACUGCUUCCAUCAUGACCUUGUGCAUCAUCAGCGUGGACAGGUACCUGGGGAUCACCAGGCCACUGACCUACCCCGUGAGACAGAACGGGAAGCUGAUGGCCAAGAUGGUUUUCAUCGUUUGGCUCCUCUCUGCCUCCAUCACCCUCCCUCCUCUUUUUGGCUGGGCCAAGAACGUGACGGUGGAAAGGGUCUGCCUGAUCAGCCAGGACUUUGGCUACACUGUCUACUCCACAGGGGUGGCCUUUUACAUCCCCAUGGCUGUCAUGCUUGUCAUGUACACCCGGAUCUACAAAGCUGCCAAGCUCAGUGCUGAGAAGCAUCGUUUCAUGAACUUCUCCAGGCACUACCAAGAGGAAGGGGUCUACUGCCUGGAAACCUCUUCCCACCGGAGCCACCGCAGCUCCAAGAGGACCAAAGGGAUGGAGGAAUGUGCUACCCUCUCCAAACUGCUCCGGCAAGACAGGAAGAAUAUCUCCAUCUUCAAAAGGGAGCAGAAAGCAGCCAGGACCCUCGGCAUCAUCGUGGGGGCUUUCACUUUUUGUUGGCUCCCCUUCUUCUUGAUGUCCACCGCUCGCCCGUUCAUCUGUGGCAUCCGCUGCAGCUGCAUCCCCCUGAGGCUGGAGAGGACCCUGCUCUGGUUGGGAUACACCAACUCCCUCAUCAACCCCUUGAUUUAUGCUUUCUUUAACCGAGACCUGAGGACUACUUUCUGGAACCUCCUGAGGUGCAGGUACAGGAACAUCAACAGGAGGCUCUCGGCCACCAGCAUGCACGAGGCUCUGAAAGCCACGGAGAGGCACGAGUGCAUCCUGUAGAGCUGUGGCCUC